AUGCCUACUCUCACAGGAUCUUGUAUUUGCCGGGAUAUCGAGUAUGAGCUGAAGCUCAAUUCGAUUGAUGAUGCGAGAACAUCUCUCUGCCAUUGCCGUAACUGCAAGAAAGCUUUUGGGACUAACUAUGGCCUGACAGCUAAAGUCCCAAAGGAUACAUUCAAUCUUACUAAAGGGGUACCAAAGGAGCAUGUCGCAGAUAACGGAUCUGGAGCUCUUAUUCAUCGAGAAUUUUGUCAAAAUUGCGGUAGCUUCAUCCUGGAAUAUGGGGAUGCUGCCAAAACCUAUUUUCGCUACAUCUGUGUCGGAUCCUUGGACGACCCAGAAGCAUUACCCCCAAAGGGGGAAUUCUUCUGCAAGGUUCGGGCGAGCUGGAUGCCGGAGAUUCCGAAUGUAUUCCACAAGCAGAUGAUAAAGGAGUAA